GUCAGCGACAAUGAAAUGUCGUUCAGGCGCAGGCAUCGCACUCAUCGCCGACCUGCUCGCCGGCCGCAAUGGGUGUCACGGGCUUGUGGCAGAUUGUGCAGCCGUGCGCCCGACCCAUAAAGAUCGAAACGCUCAACCGUAAACGCCUCGCCGUAGAUGCCUCCAUCUGGAUCUACCAAUUUCUCAAAGCCGUCCGGGACAAGGAAGGAAAUGCGCUACGCAACUCGCACGUCGUCGGCUUCUUUCGCCGUAUCUGCAAGCUCCUUUUCUUCGGCAUCAAGCCCGUAUUCGUGUUCGAUGGCGGUGCCCCGGCGUUGAAGAGACAGACCAUCCGUGCUCGCAAGAGCCGGCGGGAGGGCAGAAGAGAGGAUGCAGUCAGGACAGCGGGCAAGUUGCUCGCGGUGCAGAUGCAGAGAGCUGCAGAAGAAGAGGAAGAGCGGAGAAGGCGAGAGCAGCAACAGGGCUCCAACGCCCGGAAUAGAAGUGGCGAGGAAGAGGAACAAGUACCGGAUGAGGGACUGGUCUAUGUGGAUGAGCUACAAAUGUCCGCACAGGAACGACAGCAAAAUCGCAAAUUUCGCAAGAAAGAUGCGUACCAUUUGCCCGAUCUCGACGUGAGCAUGAGCGAGAUGGGUGGCGCCAAUGAUCCUCGUGUCAUGUCUUUGGAAGAGUUGCAGGCAUAUGCAGCACAAUUCAACACGGGCGAAGAGCUCGCCAUUUACGAUUUCAGCAAGAUCGAUUACGAUAGCUCUUUCUUCAUGAGCCUGCCUGCUUCGGAUCGAUACAAUAUCUUGAAUGCGGCGAGGCUUAGGAGCAGGUUGAGAAUGGGUCAUUCCAAAGAACAGCUAGAUGUGAUGUUUCCUGACCGCAUGGCCUUUAGCAGAUUCCAAAUCGAGCGAGUUGCUGAACGCAAUGAACUCACGCAACGACUGAUGCAUCUCAACGAGAGUGGAGGCGCAGAGUGGGGCGGCGGAAGGGUGAUGGGUGAGAAGGGGAGAGAGUACGUUCUGGUGAAGAAUGAUGGUGUCGAAGGCGGCUGGGCGCUUGGAGUCAUUGAUGAUGAGGGCAAAGAGGAGAAACCGAUCGAUGUUGACGCUGCUCCGCCAAUGAAACAUGAGGACGAUGAAUGGGAAGAUGAUGUCGACUUUGAGGACGUUCCCGUGGAAGGGCUAAAUAGACUUCCCCGAGCAAAGUCGGGCAACGAGGGGGCAAUCGAUGCUCUACAGCAACAAAGAAGAUCCCUGUACCGAUCGCGAGCUUCGAAUGGGCGAACGAAAGAUGUUCGAAGACCACCCCGGCGGAAAGAGCCGAGCAAGAAGGCCGCCGCGCACGAUCCGGAAUCACUAUUUGUAGAGCGCAGUGACGAUGAGGUAGAGGACGAAGAGUGGGAACAAGUGGAUGUUGAUGAAACACCUGCUGGGCAGGAUAAUCAGAAUACCGACGACGAAGACUUGCGCGCAGCGAUCGCGCUGUCGAUGCAGAAUGACCCGGCUGAGAGUGAGCCUGCAGAGCACGAUGCGGCAGACACUGACAUGCUUGACGCAUUCCAACAGCAUGCCACGGAAGAGGCAAGGCCAAUUCCACGCGGGAGCGCGAGGGACAUUGCUCACGUCUUGAACAAACGGGCACAUAAUACUGCUUCAGAGAGGCAAAAAGCGACAUCUUUUAGCACGCCCGCACGACAGACAGAGAGUGAUGACGAGAGUAGCGAUGGAGACAUUUUCGACCUUCAAGCUGCGUUGGCUGAAAGUGGCAGGACGAAACGAAAAACGAAACCAAAUCAGCUGAGCACACAAAAGACGUCAAAACCUGUGGAGCCUUCAACAAAAAGCAUCGCUCAAAAGGCCGGGUUUAGUGGUCCCUUACCUUUCGAGAAGCUGGAUCUUGGAACGUCUCUCCUGGGCAAGAACAAGAUGCAGCAGCGAACGGAAGACGCAGCGGGUGGCUUCGAAAAUCCUGAACUCUCGGAAAAGAAGGAGAGGAAAGCCGAGCCCCUGCCCCCAUGGUUCUCCGGGGACGUGGAAAAGGAUCUGGCCGCACAGAGGCGAAUCGAGCUCGAGGAUGGUCAACGGGCCAAGCAGUUUGAUCGGAACCGCUUUCAAUUCCAAGAGCGUGAUGACACACUUCGAAGGGCAUAUACAGACGAGGUUAUCGACCUCGAAGCGGAUGAUGAUCAGACCAAUGGAAAGGAGGCCGUCAUUGAUCUUUCAGCGGAAGCGCCAAGCCCUGAUGCUGGACAGAUUGAGUCUCAGCAGGCCGUUGACAGUACAAUGGAGGACUCAGGCAUUUCACCAGGCCCUAAGGUGGCCAUGGAGCCAGCACCGACUGCACCGUCGACUUCGACUUCGACGGGCAGGAACCACGGUAGCACUGCAAAAGGUCCUUUCACUGAGGAUUCGGAUGACGAAGAGGAACUGGAACAAGUUCCGAAGUCUCCUGCGAAGUCGAUAAAGUCCUUUGCAGGGCACGACCAAACGCCUGCAGGGGAUACCCCUCCCAAGCAUGAUGCUAUGGAAGCAGAUAGUCCUGGUUUCAACGUCGAUCAACCCAACUCAGCACCUUCAAUGACUGCAGUUUCAACGACACAGGCGCAGUAUGAUGAGCAGGAUGAGAUGACGGCGGGAAGUGGUGAAAGGGAAAAUGCUGAGCAGAAUGAGCCUGCUGCACAGACUUCAAUUGAUGAUCAGGAGCAGAGUCUAAGAUCAAGGUCGCCUUCAAUGGAGUUUGAGGACGUCAACACGCAAGAACGAGUCCCUGCACCGGCGGCAGAUACGAGUCUCGUAGACACUGGCAGUCCUGAUGGCAUUACCUUUGAAGAUCUGCCAGGGGUAGACGAGGAACCGGAAGACAGUCACCAUCUAGACAACGCCGCCGACUCCGCUGCAGUGGACGAAAUGCCUGGGGAUGAUUUCGGUGAUUUCUCAGAUCCCGAAGAUGCAGAGAUCCUGCGAAACCUGACUAUCGAGGCUGAGGAACAUGCUCGCUUCGCCAGCGCACUCAACAACAAGCCACAGGCUCAGAACAUCGCAGACUACGAAAAUGAGCUCAAGAAGCUUCGCAACCAACAGAAGAAGGACCGUCGCGACGCAGAUGAGGUCACGCAAACCAUGGUCCAGGAAUGCCAAGCACUGCUUGGUCUCUUCGGACUGCCUUAUAUUACUGCACCGAUGGAAGCUGAAGCUCAAUGCGCCGAGCUUGUGAGGCUCGGCCUCGUGGACGGCAUCGUGACAGACGAUUCAGAUUGCUUUCUGUUUGGCGGAACGCGGAUAUACAAAAACAUGUUCAAUCAGGCCAAAUUCGUGGAAUGCUACCUGGCUUCGGACCUGGAGAAAGAGUUUGACCUGACACGGCAGAAACUCAUUUCGGUAGCCAACUUGCUGGGUAGCGACUAUACUGAAGGCUUGCCCGGUGUCGGUCCCGUCACGGCACUAGAAAUAAUCAGCGAGUUUCCCAAUCUGGAAGAGUUCAGAGACUGGUGGACUGCUGUACAAAUGAACCAAAUUCCCAAAUCUGAAGACGCGGCCAAUCCAUUCCGCAAAAAGUUCCGGCGAAAUGCAUCGAAGCUGUUCCUUCCUCACGGCUUUCCCGACAAGAGGGUAGAAAUGGCGUAUCUCGAACCUGAGGUUGAUUCUGAUCCUCAAGCUUUCCAAUGGGGUGUCCCAGACUUGGAGAAGCUACGCUCGUUCUUGAUGGCUACGAUUGGCUGGACGCAGGAGAGGACAGACGAGGUCUUGGUCCCCGUGAUCAGAGAUAUGAAUCGGAGACUGGACGACGGCACACAGUCGAACAUUACUGCGUUCUUUGCAGGUGGUGUUGGUGUAGGCGCCGCUGGUCCAAACAGCAACGGCGAGGCCUUUGCUCCUCGUAAGCGGGUUGAGCCUAGUAAGAGGAUGGGCAGUGCGUUAACAAGAAUGGCCGAAAGGGCAAAGCAGAAGCAUGCUCCACGGACGCAAGAAGCUGACCAGGAGGAAGAAGUGGAUGCUGAUCACGCAACCACGUCCGCUCGCACGAAACGCAAGCCUGCCGCCGCGGCAGCAAACGGAACAGCGAGCGACACAGAAGGUAGCGAGUUUGAUGGUCCAGCGACGAAAAAGCGAAAACGCAGACCAGCGGCCAAACGGCGCGGUAAGGCGAAGGUAGACACUUGAUCACGCUCGGCGAUGAUCAAAAAAGAAG